AUGACAAUUUUAAUAAGGAGUGAUAUUAUUAAUAAUGGUCCUAAUAAUGGAAGCAACUGUAGACAGUUUACACAAAAUAAUCGACGUGUGUAUGAAUGCAUAAACGUCAAGUUCCAAAAUAUUUUACGAGUUCCUCCUGGAACGAUGGUUCUCAGAAUUUUAAAUUCUAUGAUAAAGCAAUUAUCUUCGCUAAAUAAUAUUGAAAUUGUGACGGUGAUGAUGAAUUUUUGUAAUUUAUCGGAUAUUUCGCCAGAAGCCUUCAUUUUUGCAACAAAUUUACGGAAACUUGAUUUGUCACAUAAUUUGCUUAGAACUCUUGAGUUCAAAAGUGAUUCUUCCUUUUUCAUCCAAAAUUUGAUUAUCUCCUACAAUGACUUUAUGACUAUUCCAUUACUGUAUUCCCUACAACAACUGAGACAUCUUGAUAUUUCACACAAUAAAAUUCGCUACCUCCAUGGAUAUGAUUUAUUAUUACCCAAGCUAGAAGUGGUCGAUCUGUCUCAUAAUCAGCUGCAUGCCGUGAAACCCACGAAUUUCGGCAAUAUGAUACGGGUCAUUGAAUUAGAUGGAUGUCCAUGGCGAUGCGAUUGUCAUCUGCGAGAUUUUAUAUCUUUUCAACGAAAAACCCUAAACGCCAAAUCAUCACAGUGUUAUGAACCAGCACAAAUUCAUGGUAUCAGCUGGGACGAUCUUAGUUUAGAGGAUUUCGCAUGUGGACCAGUAAUCGAAGGACCGCUUCAGGAGAAACUACAGGCAAAGGAAGGUGAAGCUAUAUCAUUCCUGUGCAUCGUUUGGGGUAACCCUAAGCCUGUGGUACAGUGGUAUAAAAAUGGAUUUGCCCUUCGGCUUCUCUAUUCCGACGAUGAUCGAAUUGCUGUGGAAGAUGCCGCAUCCAGCAAUGAAACGUAUCAUUUGAUGCAUAUUCGACAAACGCUGCCCGAAGAUGAGGCUACCUACUGGUGCAGAGCCACCACAGGUUUCCUCGUUAGUACAAAACGUUUUGAUUUACGAAUUAGUUCCAUGAGACGGUUGAAUACAAAUGAAAAGGAUGAUCAAAUGCUUUCACCUAAUACUGCUGUUGGCAUUUUCACGGAAUUUCGGGGAGAAAAUGGAGGAUGGAAAGAAGCAGUACUGCAAAGUUGGUCCAUAUGGCAGCUGAUGCUGUUCGCUGUUGUAUUAUUUGCUGUAGUAUUAUUCUUUGUGACUUGCACUCUUAUGUUUAUUAGCUGGUAUCAGAUUAAGAAUCAUCAUGAAACUUUCAGCAAUCAGUUAAAGGAAGUGGAAGUGUUUAAGGCAGCAAAACCAAUGGCGCAUUCAACUUUGGAAGUGAUAUCAAUGCAAAAUGAAUUCAGUGAACUAUCGCAAAUUCAGAAAUUGAAAUCACUACUGCUCCAAAAGGAAGAAGCAUUAUUGGGAAUUAAUUCUUCAGGGAGUGCUAAUAAAUUGAUUCGAAAGGCGCCUCUGGCACAAUGUGAUCGUGAUACUUCUAUAUUGCCACUUGUACAAACUUCUUUGUAA